AUGCACACAGAGAACUUUAUUACCAAAGUUGUCCACUCUUCGUUGGUGCUGACAGCUUUGCUGGGCAAUCUUUUGGUUUGCUUCACCAUCUUGAAAAACAGGAUUUUAAGGACACCGGUGAAUUAUCUUCUAAUGAAUCUCGCCAUAAGUGAUAUGAUGAUCGUGAUAUCCUUCACUCCUAGGCAUAUACUUGGAGGACUAUACCAUCAUCCUCGAGGUUUGCAAGGAACCAUCUUAUGUAAAACAAUCACUUCUGAUACAUUCACCUGGGUUGGAGCGGUGUCUUCAGCGACAACGUUGGUGGUAUUAGCGUACGAGCGAUACGCUGCCAUUACUUUUCCUCUUGGAACACGAUCAAAGCUAAGCUGCAGAAAACUAAAGAUUUUAGUUGGCCUAGGUUGGUUUCUUUCCGUUAUCUUCAACAUCCCACUUUUCUAUGUCAGAAGCCUCAAUCAACAGCGUGGAAUUUGCGAAAGCCAUUGGCCAAAUGUGACAUUUGCAAAGGGUUACAAUAUCGCCUGGUUAAUUUUGAUUGGAAUAGCACCGUUCAGCUUAAUGGCAUUUUUCUACGGGAAAGUUAUACUGCAUUUGAGACGAGAGAUAUUACCCAGACAACAUGGAUCAUUGGCCACGAUGAAAUCGAGACAGAAAGUCACCAAAAUGCUUUUGACAAUAACAAUAAUCUACGGAAUUUGCUUCAUUCCAAAUCUGAUUCUUUAUGUUGUGUGGUACUAUGUAUUAGAAGCAGAAAUAAUGUACACGAUAAAUGAGGUUCUUCUUGUUUUAAUAUUAGUAAAUUCGUGUGCAAAUCCCUUUGUUUAUGCCGCACAAAGUCAAAUAUUUCGAACAAGCAUGAAAAGCAUUGUAUGCCCGUGCAAGAAUUGGUCAAGAAAUCGAGUGAAUAUUUCUUUGCCUUUAACGAGGACACUGGAGACCUUAGAGAACGUGCAGUUCUAGGUGCGCAAAGGUUUUGCGCAACUAGAUAACCAUGCAAAGAAAUUGGAAUUUAAUAAUUUAGGAAGUUAAUUUUGGAGAAAUUUGAAGUUGAGACUCGUAGGUAAUUUAUUACUUCGAUCGUGGUAUACUACACUUGGUGGUUUGAUACCAAACGCGUGAAAUAUAUAAUAUAAAAUUAAGGACUGGAGAUGAAAAAACACAAUGUAAAUGCUCAGACAUUAACUGUAUUAUACCCACUGUUUGUUCAAUUCUUUAUUAAUUUUUUCAUUUCAUAUACGCUGAUUCUUUUAUGUAUAUCUGCUAAAAUAUGUUGACUAUGGAUACGAACAGGUAAAAUAUAUUAGUUAUGUGGGAUAUUGAUCAAAUGAAACCUUUAAGUACUGUGGUUCUUUCUUUAUUCACUCCGAGCUUUCGCCGUUCUACGGCAACAUCAGGGAGGACGAUAAAAUAUUUGCGCUAUGGUUUUAAACGUUGGAGGUGCCACUGUAAAUUAGCAUAGUGUAAAACUAGCUAGUAGGACGCAUGAAAACAUAUUGCGUGAUAAAAUGUUCUAAAAUAUGUGUUUAAAACAGUUAAUUAAAAUAGCUCAUUAAAAUAGAAGAUCGUUAAGUUCAGUGCAUUCCUCACGGGAGUUCAGUCCCGGCUUGUGCUUUCUGAUGUAAUACGCUUCGUACAAUCGCAGAUUGACGGGGUCAUUUUCACGCGUGAUUACUUUGACUUCAUUGUCAUGGCUGUUGUUGCGAUGGUGUGUUGUGAGAUGUUUUUUUACCGUCGAGUUGUCGUUGGUCAAGUUUUCUUUUGUUCGAUCAUGUAGGAAUCGUGUCGUGCUUCCGAUGUAAUAUUCGCCACAAGCUUUGCACGUGAGCUGAUAAACGGUGUUUCUCUGUAGGCAUAAAUUGAUGUCUGCGAUGAACGGGAUUUUGAGAUAAUGCCACUCUUUUGUCUGUGUUUGGGGGUCUCUUUGGUGAUUCUGCAGGUGUUUUGUUUCAUGUAUGGUGCGUUCUGGAUAUCCGUUGAGGCGGAGAAUGUUGUCGAAGUCGCGGUCGUGUUUGUUGGAUGUUAUUUGGGUUAAACAUCUCUGCUGUAUACGCCUCCGUUCGUUGCGGAUGAAGUUGGUCUUUGAGCGCUUUGGUAGGGCAGACUGGUGGUGUACGAAAAGCGGCUUUUUCGCAGGUUUCUUGUAAAAUUCAAAGGAGCUUUCGCCGUUCGUCGUGAUAGUGACUUUGAAGGAAAUACAGGAAACAAGGUAUGUAUUUCUCUUGUCUUUAAUGUACGUUUGAAAAGGCACCAUUUUAUUUCUUAGGUAAAAGGAGUUUUAGUCUCGAUUCCGACUCUGAUGAGCAAAAUUAGACUGAUUUUACCGAAUCUGAUUUGGUUUGUAAAAGAAGGAGUGUAAUCAAGUAAAAUUUACACACUGAAUUAUUGCUAAGUCUGAAUAUAACGAGUAUCCUUAACACUCUGAGAGCUCUUCCACUUGUUGGGUUUUUCCUUUUUUUCAACUUGGCAGAGUUAGUAACAGUGCAAUGUAAGAGAUGAUCACACCUACAAGCUGUUAAAAUUAAGAAAAAAGAAAAAAAGAGAAAAGAAAAAAGAAAAAAAAAAGGAAAGAAAAAAGAAAAAGGGAAGGUAAAAAGAAUCAGUUAAUGGAUUUAAACAUUUUCACAAAUGAAUCAUUCCGAAGGGCGAAAGUAUCAUGAUAUGAGGAUCCUGAUCUUGUUAUAAGAGCAGUUUCUCAGUUCUUUUAAUCGUUUUCUUCUACAUUCAUUCCAUACAGUAUUAUUGUUACAACUUGUUUCUUUCCUUGUCUUACUUUCCUCCAUAAUUUUCUUUCCUAUUUUCUUCGUUCGCUUGUUUUUUCCUUAAUUUCAACUUGGCAGGGUUAGUAACACGGCAAUGUAUGAGAUGAUCGCACCUACAAGCUGUACCGAAGUUAAGAAAAAAAAGAAAACGAAAAAGGAAAGGUAAAAAAAAUCAGUUAAUGGAUAUUAAGCUCGGAGUGAAUAAAGAAAGUAUCAUGAUAUGAGGAUCCUGAUCUUUUUAUAGGAGCUUAUCUGUAUUUAGAGGUAAAGACUAAGCUCAAAAUUCUUGGAAAUGGUAUUUUACAAGCGUUUUUAUCAUUUAUUGAAUCCUUCUUGCGCGAUGUGGAGGAAGUCGCCAUUUUUUUUUUAACUUACCGAGAGUGCAAGAGACUUUUUUAUAGCUGCCAGUCCUCCAUGAACAAGCCGAUAGAGUCUCCACGAAGGUGCAUCAGAAAGUGCAGCAGCUAAUAGUCAUUUGGGGUAACAAUCAGAGACAUUCAGUUGCUUAAGAUGUUACAGAUUGCUCUCAUCUUUAAAAGUUCUCUUCAAGAUCCGGUUAGAAUUACGAAUGUGAAGCCGACGGACUGGACACUUUUCUUUUUCUUUUUUCUUUCUGUUUCCUCGCAAAUUUAUUUCAUCAUGAGCAGUUUUUUUUUUUAGGUUAAGCUUAAUGUGCCAUUCACAGAGAGAGCUUGCUGAGCACAUUUUAAAGUUUGAUCUCGCAUCGUGCUAUUUUUCGGCGAUUCCUUUGGCUAAAUUUGUGACAUCCUUGAUACAAAAGUACAGUCCCUUUCACAUGCUGUAUAAAGAUACCAGUUAACACUUACCUCGUACUGUUCGUUGGGUUCCGAGACGUUGGGAAAUUGCAAAGUGUCGUAGAUACCAUGAAUCUACAAUGAGAUAAGAAAAGGUACUUUUAACAAAAGUGCCUCUUUUCUCCCAUCGUAAUAUUUGUAUUUGUUUUCAAUGCCUUAAGCGACGUUAAUAAGUUCUUGGCAGUUUCGUCAUUUGCUAAUUUACAAUUUCAUAAAUUCACUACAACAGUUAGUACGAUUGUUCCAAUUACCUAGAAUCAAUACGUUACAUGUUAUAGAUCGAAGUGGUGAAGAAUAACACAACUGAUAAAAGGCAAACCCAGUAGAUUCGAAAGCAUAUUUCCACUUAGAUUUCGAUAAAUCGUCUUACCUGACGUCAACUGCAUGCUUUGCGAAAACUUAUUUUUAUCAGUCCUCAGCUAAAUAUCCACAGCGGGAAGAGUUUAAUUGGUAAAUGCUUUUUAUAAACUUUUUUUUCCAAGCUAAUAAGCUUGCUAAUUAUAAUCCAUGCUGGAACAAAAGGCAUAUUUCGUAGUCUGGUUUAAUUGAGUUUUACAGCUCAAAAGGACAAAAGGGGUAUUAUUUAAGGCGUUUUGAGUGUAGCAAUUAAAAAAAAACUGCUACGUCCGCUUUGGACUUUGUAAUUAACUCAAAGAGGAUGUGUUUUUAAAAUUUUGUUUCAAUGUAUUGUUGAUGAAAAAUAAUUGGACUUCGCUUGGUUUAAUAAGACAUCAACAUCAAACCCUCCAUUUUUAGCAAUAAAUCAUUAUUAUUAUUUGUGUAUGGACUUGAACUUAUGUGGUCUUCAUCCAAAUCCAUCCAUCUCCAUAUAAGGAGAAAUGUCAUAAUGGUUACAUUUCUUCCGAGAUGCGGUCAUCUAUUGUUGAGGUGUUCUAAUCAUAACAAUUCAACAACCUGGUUUACUUUUGAAAGUAACUAAAACAUGAACACAUCCUCAUCGAUAUUUUUAAUAGCUAUUUACAGUAGUGACCACACGAUUUUUGAAUACAGAAGCGAUCCUCGCAGUUAUUAACACUACUGAACUAGUAGUUAAAUUGAAUUUUUUGGAAUUGGCCUGAAUUGGCCUGAAUUGGCCUGAAUUUUUUCAGGCCUUAUUUUAACUACUACUUAGUUAUGUUCAUAACUGCGUGGGUGGCUUCUAUAUACGUUUCUUCAACUGCAGUGCACAAUGAUUUUCAUAUAUUUACAGUUGUUACACACGAUUUUUGUUAAAUACGUUCAUUUUACUUGUCACUCAAAGUUUAGUACGCUGUACUAAUAAUGAGUACUCUGAAUCGAAUUUUGAGCACGAAUAUAUUUGCCAGUUAUUAUCUGGCUGUUCUUUGUAUUUUUAAGGCUUCAAAUUUCGAUACGCCGUCUUCAGUUCCAACGCCAUGUCAAGAACAUUAUGUACGCGUUGAAAAACUUGUGGGAUAAUCUGCAAACAUAUUCGAAAAAUUCAAGAGAACUACUGAUGGUUUUGGGGCUAGUUAAGUGAACAUGUAUAGCCAUUCUAAUGCAAAGCAAUCUUAAUUACUGGUUUAUGUAAUGUUCUGCAAACCGAACAGCCUGUUUUAAUUUCGCAUAUUUCAACCGAAAACGUGUGCUUCUGUUCAUUAGGAGCGCAAGUUCAACACGACUUUGUUGUUUUGAGCUACUUUUUAGUUUGGAAAAGGUGAGUGUAUCCUGAUGAAGAGGUUGACAUCAAGACAGAUUAUUCAAUUUUCACUAAGAAAGUUCGUGAUAAACUCAGAAACGAUAACAUGGGUGUGUAAAAUUUAGAGAGGCAUAAAUUUUUCUUUCAGUUUUCAGUAAGUAAAAUAUAGAAAUUGCGAUUAUUCUCCUUUACCAGAAAUAAGUUCACUCUGGGUAAUGAUGUUCAAAGGCAAAUGGCUACUUUAAAUUUUACAACAACAGAACAGCUUGAACCGACAUAGCGAGCUUCGGUACUCAAUAAAUUGAAAUAAAAGAAGGUUGACUUACAGAGGUCAGUAAGAAUGUGAUUUUUUUUCUUGUGCAUCACUUUUAUUUCAUUUUAUCAGGUAUAGAAACUUGAGGAAAGGUGUUUUAAAUAGCUUAAAUUCCGUGCCAAGAGCAUGUCGAGCUGUAGAAUGUAAUUGUCUCUGGUAUGGAAAUUCGAAAUUAAUUAAUGGCUUUUGUCCUUCUGGUAUUUUUCGUCAGCUAAGGGAUAAUGAGUUGACACUGACAUUUAAAGUUACUUGCGUGACUCUCGUCAACAUUCGAAAUCUGUCUGUGAAAGGGUUACUUCAAUAAGUGCAGAUACAUGGAAGACACUACUCGCAUAACAGAGCUGUCUUCUUUUGAUGUCCAAAUAUUUUGUUCCAUCAACCGCUUUAAAAAUCUUUUGCAAAUGACUCGUGGUGAAAUAUAAGCGAAAAAGAAAAUAAAAAUUGUAAGACUUUGGCUGGUUUUCGAGUUUUUUUUUUUUUUUUUUUUCGUAAUAUGUUCUUGACAUGUCACUUAUUCUACGUUCAUGAAUCGUCAAUGAUCCUCAUCCGCUGUAAGUGACUGUAAAAUUUUAGCCGUGAAAUCAUUUUGGAGCUGCAACGGAAAGUGGAGAUCAACAAGUUAUAAUUGAUGGAAAAAAUUUUGGCUGUGUUUGAGAUCGCUACUGAAAGGUAAUGACAAAAAGGAGGAGCUCCAGGAAAAUACAAAUUACCAUAAAAUUAAAAACUAUUGAGCGUUCUCCGCUCGGGCCGGAGUUUAAACACUAUUUCUGUCAUGUUUCCGAAAUGGCAUAACGUAAGGCGAAAGGGAGAAAUCUAUGGUCCAGUGUCUUUAAUUUAAGAAUCAAUUUUCUAUAGCAGCAGAGAAUUUGGGUGGUCACUAAAACAAAGAUUUGUCUUCAGCUGUUGCCAAACAAACAAAGCUGACACAACUUGGAUUAAUAUACCUGAGGUAUGAAUGGUAGUACGUUAUCAAUCUUGUUUUAAUCUCAGUGAAAUAUGUCACAAAAAUCUGGGUCCGGCAUCCUAAGCAGCAACAUUUUCCUUGCCACAUGAGUUUUAGAUGUAUUUGGAUAUCAAACCAAGUAGGUAGGAUAUUUAAAGCAGACCUUGAUGAUCGAAGGUAAAAUGUGCAAACGAAAGUAACUUCUUGUCCGAGCAUAAUAUAUCAUGGCCUAAAAUGUUUUCAGCAUAUGUGUAUUUCAUGUGCCAAGUGCUUGGCCAGACCAUAGCGCAUGAAACGCAGAUUGGGCCACACUGCAUUAACCAAAUGAAUUUGACAUUGUUCCGAGCAGUAAACGUCGAAAAUUGAAAGGGAGGACAAUAUGAUCUACUCCAAGUGAGCAUACUGCAUGUGAAACAGCACUCGCGCAAAAAUGAAUGCAGGGACGGCAACAUUCAUAUGACAGUUUCCCUCACUACUCUCUUUUAAUCACAAGAUAAAUUUUCCACCUAUCUCUUCGGCAGAUUAUCUAGACUUUUGUGUAUACUCCAGGGUCUUCUAAGCUUAAUUCUACGGGAGUUACCAUGUUAUACCUGAUAAACGUAUAUGCUACCGCUUGGUACACAGAUGUACAUUGCACGUGGGUGGUUCACUUUCAAGAACCUUGACAUGUACCAUGUAAUGAUAGCGUGCUAACUUCUUUGACUAGGUUUCAGUGGUAUCAGAUAUGUCAUUAUUCUUGUGGAUAAAGAAAUCCACGAAACAAAUCAUUAAUUAUAACUGCGCUUCUACAAUAAAUUUAUCCAACAGUGAUUUCCAGCUGGCGAGAUAACUGAAAAAAUAAAUUGAUUGGAGCUGAAACGACCUAACUGUAUCUCACAUAAAUUCUUUCUUUUUAAGGUAGCCUUCAUCUUCAACAGUGAUUUCGAUACGUAUAAGAAACACGAAAGCCCUUGUUUCAUCAUAAAGCUCUUCUAAAUUAGUUCUUUCAACCGUGAUUUCCAGCUAGCGAGAUAAUUGAAAAGAUAAAUUAGUUAGAGCUGGAGUAGACUUGAUCGUCUCUCGCAUCAAUAUAUUCUUUUUAAUGUAGCGUUCAUCUUCAACAGUGACUUUAAUACUAAUGAAAAAUACGAAAGCUCUUUUUUCAUUUGAAGAAUAAAAUAUCAAAGUCUUUAUCACAGCUGGCCAAGCAAUACUGUUUGAGUCGAUUGAUUUUCAUUUGUUUCUACACGUAUCAUGUAUUCGAGUCUCUGAAAGUCUCAAAAAUCUUUAAAUAACUAAACUACGUAUUACCUGGCAUCCCCUAAAUUGUAAACGCAUCAAAUUUUCAUUACUUUUUCUUGGCAUUUCACUCCACUCGAUCAUGUAUGCCGUUACGUACCUCUCUAAGCUCCGAACUGUAACAAAUUGUAAGAUUCAUGAGACAAAAGCGAAUAUUUCCCCGAUUGUUCUCUUAGUAAUCCGUUAAUUAAUUAAACUACCUCAACAGUUAAACCCAUAAUUUUAGUUCCACCCCCUUUUUUACGAUACAAAUUUUUUCAUUUAUUUGCCCCCAAGUGAGUACACUGCAUGAGCAUUCGCAAUGACAAUUGGGCAGAUUGGCGCAAAGAACAGACAUAAAAGUUGGAAGUUAAACAUUCAGCCAAGUACCUACUUCAUUUCACGCAGGCUUCAUUUUAAUGAAAACGACUUCGACUUGUGAUGCGAGCUGGUUGAGAAUAUUGGUGGUAUAUGUUUGAUCUUCACAUAUUUGUUUUCAGCGCACAAUACCUAAUCAGAUAAGGUACAAGUACGCGACAUUGUUCAAUCUAAAUGAAAUCUGAACAAGAACUUGGAGACUGGUAUUUUGACAGUCGGUCAGACAUAUAAAUUGAGAAUUUUCUCUUGCUUGAUAUUAUAUUAUAUAUAUAUAUAUAUAUAUAUAUAUAUAUAUAUAUAUAUAUAUAUAUAGAUCAUUUUCUCUUGCUUUAUAAUAUAUAUAUCUUUGGUCGACGCCUAAAAAUGCUUACUUAAGACAUCAUGAUGGUCAUGCACCUUCUUUUCACCUCAACAGCUUUAAAUUAAAACAGCAACCUGAAAGGAGGAACAUGCAGACAGAGAACUUCAUUACCAAAGUUGUCCACUCUUCGCUGGUGCUGACAGCUUUGCUGGGCAAUCUUUUGGUUUGUCUUACCAUCCUGAAAAACAGGAUAUUAAGGACACCAGUCAAUUAUCUUCUAAUGAAUCUCGCCAUAAGUGAUAUGAUAAUCAUGAUAGCUUUCACUCCUAGACAUAUACUCGAAGGACUAUACCAUCAUCCUCGAGGUUUGCAAGGAACCAUCUUAUGUAAAACAAUCACUUCUGAUACAUUCACCUGGGUUGGAGCGGUGUCUUCAGCGACAACGUUGGUAGUAUUGGUUUACGAGCGAUACGCUGCCAUUACUUUUCCUCUUGGAACACGAUCAAAGCUAAACCGCAGAAAACUAAAGAUUUUCGUUGGCCUCGGUUGGUUUCUUUCCGCUAUCUUCAACAUCCCACUGUUUUACGUCAGAAGCCUCAAUCAACAGCGUGGAAUUUGCGAAAGCCAUUGGCAAAAUGUGACAUUUGCAAAAAGUUACAAUAUCGCUUGGUUAAUUUUGGUUGGAAUAGCACCGUUCUGCUUUAUGGCAUUUUUCUACGGGAAAGUUAUACUGCAUUUAAGACGAGAGAUAUUACCGAGGCAACAUGGAUCAUUAGCCACGAGGAAAUCGAGACAGAAAGUCACCAAAAUGCUUUUGACAAUAACAAUAAUCUACGGAAUUUGCUGGAUUCCAAACCUGAUUCUUUAUGUUGUGUGGUACUAUGUAUUAGAAGCAGAAAUAAUGUAUACGAUAAAUAAGGUUCUUCUUUUUUUAAUAUUAAUAAAUUCGUGUACAAAUCCCUUUGUUUAUGCCGCACAGAGUCGAAUAUUUCGAAGAAGCAUGAAAAACAUCGUAUGCACAUGC